CUUACUGAGGGGAAAAAAAUCCCCCACAAAACGCCUCUUGAGAUGAACUAGAACAGCAUCGUUAUUUGGCUAGUUGGAUUUCACGUAUUACAAUGAAGAUACUGGUUUUCACUGGACUGCUCUCUCUUACCUCCAGUCUUUUCACAACAGAAUUUUCACUGAAUGGCUCCGCAACUAAAACCGUGUCUCUUAUCAAGACUUUCCGUGGAAUUUCGGCAAGAGACUAUGAUUACAUCCCCCCUUAUGCUAUAGAAGGGGAGACAACGACCGUCCAUAUCAGAGAACACAAAUGCUCUCCAAAAAAGUUAAAUGACUCCACUUUAACAGAAGUGAACAACACCACGCUGGAGUACCUGACCAGUUCUCUGAGCACCAAGCUAAUACCUGCCGUUUACCUCAGUGCUGUUUUAUUGGGUGUACCAUCUAAUGCCAUCAUUUUAUGGAUGCUGCUCUUCAGGAUCCGGUCCGUGUGCACUGCCAUCCUCUACACAAACUUGGCGAUUUCAGAUCUGCUCUUCUGCAUCAUGCUGCCCUUCAAAAUAGUGUACCACAUCAACGGGAACAACUGGAUUUUUGGGGAAAUGAUGUGUCGAACUACCACUGCGGUGUUUUACGGCAACAUGUACUGCUCCAUUCUGCUGCUCACGUGCAUCAGCGUCAGCCGCUACGUGGCCAUCGUUCACCCCUUCACCUACAAGAGCCUGCCAAAACGUGCCUAUGCCAUCACGGUCUGCGCUACUGUGUGGACCUUUGUCUUCCUGUACAUGCUCCCGCUUUGCAUAAUGCAGCAAAGCUAUUAUGUGAAACAACUGGGCAUUUACACCUGCCAUGAUGUGCAUAACGCCUGUGAAACAAUAUCUUCCUUCCAGUUCUACUACUAUGUUUCUUUAGCUAUCUUUGGGUUUUUAAUACCUCUUGCAACUAUCGUUUUCUGCUAUGUCUCUAUUAUACGAACACUCAAGACUCAUGAAUGGUUCUGGUACGUUAAAAUCAGUCUUUUGAUCCUUACCAUCUUUGCUAUUUGCUUUGUGCCAAGCAAUAUUAUCCUUAUUAUCCAUCACAUCAACUAUUACUAUUACAACACAGAUGGGUUGUAUUCUUUUUAUCUAAUUGCUUUAUGCCUUAGCAGUUUAAACAGUUGUCUUGAUCCUUUCCUUUAUUUUCUGAUGUCGAAAAUUAGAAGCCAAUCCAAUAUUUAUCUAACAAUGGUUAAAAUAUCCAGGGAAAAAUGAAUUUAUUUCUAUAUUUAUAUUAGUGGAAUUAUGAUUUUGUAUAGUAUUAACCCAGGCAGCAAUAAAUCUUAGGUGCAACAAUUAAACCUAAAAA